AUGGAGCACAUGUUACUGCUAUUCGUAUUUUUCAUACCUAUAUUGGGUCUCACUAAUGGAACAGAAACUGAGCAAGAUUUUACUUGGCACUUAAAGAAGAUUCCCCAGAUUGUGAGCGAAAGAACUUUCUCCCUCGAGAGCCCUAAAUUCAAAGCAAAAGCCAACUUGGAGCUGAACAGUGUAUGUGGAAUUGAAUGUCAAAGAAAAUUGCCGGUGCCAAGCUUGUCUGACUUGAAGGACCUCUUAUCCUAUGAGACUGUUUUUGAAAAUGGCACACGGACCCUGACUGAAGUGAACGUCCUCGGACUAGUGCUUGACCCAGCCAGAAACAUCACCACACAAAGGUCUUUGAGAAAGAAGAGGCAGAUCUAUGGAACAGACAGUAGGUUCAGCAUCUAUGACAAGCGGUUUAUGACCAACUUUCCGUUCAACACAGCUGUGAAGAUCUCCACCGGCUGCAGUGGUAUUCUCAUUUCCCCCAAGCACGUGCUAACAGCUGCCCACUGUCUGCACAACGGCAAGGAUUAUGUCAAGGGCAGCAAAAGACUGAGGGUGGGCCUGAUGAAGACGAAAUCCAGAGGCGAUGGCAGGAAACGCAAAGGUGCUAGGAGAAGUAGGAGAGAAGUUUCUGCAGCCCAAGAAGAUCCUGAAGUUGCCACAGAGCUAAGGCGACAAUCCAGAGGCGGUGGGAGAAAGCAGAGGAGAUCUGGGAGGAAGCAGGGGACCUCAGACAGCAUGCCUUCCUUUCAGUGGACCAGGGUGAAGAGUACCCACAUCCCAAAAGGCUGGUUUAAGGGUGUUUCUGGGGAUGUCGCCCUGGAUUAUGAUUACGCUGUUCUUGAGCUCAAGCGUCCCCAUAAAAGAAAAUACAUGGAGCUGGGAAUCAGCCCAACGAUCAAAAUGAUGCCUGGAAGCAUGAUCCACUUCUCAGGUUUUGACAAUGAUCGAUCUGGGCAGCUGGUCUAUAGAUUUUGUAGCAUUUCUGAUGAGUCCAAUGAUCUCUUUUACCAGUACUGUGAUGCUGAGCCUGGCUCCACCGGGUCUGGCAUCUAUCUCCGCCUUAAGGAACCAAACAAAAAGAAGUGGAAACGCAAGAUCAUCGCUGUUUACUCAGGCCAUCAGUGGGUGGAUGUCAAUGGUGAACAGCAGGAUUACAAUGUAGCAGUAAGAAUUACCCCUCUCAAAUAUGCCCAAAUUUGCUUCUGGAUACAUGGGAAUGAGGAGAAUUGCACGCAAGGCUGAAGAGAGCUGAACCUGGCUCACUACCACCCGUAUUACCACAGAGUGAAAGUCUGCUGCAGCAGUUACUGGAAGAACAUCACUCCAUGUCAGGAUGUUCUUGAACUCAAAGCUCACAAGUAAUGUUAUGGUGACUUGAGGAAUGCUGAAUUGCUGGGGGAUGGGUAGGAUUGUCAAACAAAGUAUUUCUAAUUGUAAUCAACCCUAGAUAUGCACUUAAAAUCCCAAACUGUAUUUAUGUUUGCGAUUCUGAUAAAUUCCAAUCGUUCAUGUCAGAA